AUGACAGCUACUCUCAACCCUCCUAAACCCAUCCGUGUAUGGCUCACCCCACCGGGCCCCAAUGGCUGGAAAACCAUUUUCCUCCUUGAGGAACUCUCCCUUAACUACGUGUUCAAAUCGUUCCGCUUCGAUGACGUGAAGAAACCCCCUUUCAUAGACAUCAACCCCAACGGCCGCAUCCCGGCCAUCGAAGACCCCAACACCGGUCUCACCCUUUGGGAGUCGGGAGCCAUCAACCAGUACCUCAUCGAGCAAUACGACACGGAGAAGCGUCUCACAUUUGACGAUGUCAUCAACCGCAACCUCUGCAACCAGUUCCUCCAGUUCCAGAUGAGCGGCCAAGGACCCUAUUACGGUCAGUGCGGCUGGUUCCAGCAUUUACAUGCUGAGAAGAUCCAGUCGGCUAUUGAUAGGUAUUCUAAUGAGAUCAAGCGUGUGUUGGGGGUGUUAGAGAUUGUUUUGUCGAAGAAAGGGGAGCAUGAGCAGUGGCUGGUCGGGGACAAGAUGACGUAUGCUGAUAUGGCGUUUGUGCCUUGGAAUUCUCGGUUGAGCGAGGUGCUGAUGCAGUUGUGGGAUGAGGUCUUCGAGGGAACACCGCGUGUUCGGGCCUGGCAUGAAAAGAUGGUCGAGCUGCCGAGUUGGAAGAGGGCUAUGGAACAUCGUGCGAGACUCAUGGAUGAGCAAGGGCUGCAGUGGAAUGGUGUGCCGAAGGGGAUCGAGACAUUUACUGAGUACGAGGAGAAGAUUGAGAAGGGGGAGAUGAAGUAUGACUAG